AUGACAUCCACGCCCAACCUCGAGCACCUCUCCAUCCUCAGUCAUUCUCCCGAAGACCAGCCCACUCUCGACGAUACCACAUAUCAAAACACUCGUCGUUCCUUGGGCGCCCUCACCGGCUGUCCGCGCCUACGCACCCUCGCCAUCAUCUAUGGCGGGCCCGAGUCACGUCCCAUACGCUCCUGGUGUCGCAGGACCCUCACCGACGCGCUCCCCGUCCUCCUCGCCGACCAAUUAUCCAGCACGCCCGCCCCUCAUCCCACCCUCCAGACACUCAAGCUCGAGACCACCUACCGGGCCGUCGACCUCGACCGUGCGUGGUCCUCCUCGGUGGAAGAUGGGCUCAUCGAGACGCUUUGCGACCGGGAGCGCUACCCAGCGUUCCGGACGUGCCGCGCGGCCCCGCGCGAGGUGUCGAAGCGCGUCUUCGCGCCGUUUGCGACCCGGGACACGAACGCGGACAUCGAUGCGGAGUUCAUGUUCGGAGAACCUCCACGGAACGGAGCGAUCGACCGGGAAGGCAUCCGACCGAAGCGCGACGCGGUCAUGUACACCCGGAGCCCGAUCAACUCGAGUUUUGAGGCGCGCUACGUCACACACACGGUGCAGCAUCACGCGUGUGACUGCGACUGGGACGGACCAGUGCUCGUCGCCGUCCCUGUCGCACGACGAUCUCUUGAGCUCGACCACUAG